AUGGAAAGAGUCAACAGCACAUUGUUGACUGAGUUCAUCCUGACCGGAAUUCCCUACCCAAUCAGACUAAGAACAUUUCUUUUUGAGUUCUUUUUGCUCAUCUACAUCCUGACUCAGCUGGGGAACCUGCUUAUUCUAAUCACUGUCUGGACAGACUCACAGCUCCAUGCCCGCCCCAUGUACAUCUUUCUUGGUGUUCUCUCCAUCAUUGACAUGGGCAUUUCCACCAUCAUUGUCCCUCGUCUCAUGAUAAACUUCACCAUAGACAACAAACCCAUCCCAUUUGGUGGUUGUGUGGCCCAACUCUAUUUCUAUCACUUCCUGGGCAGCACCCAAUGCUUCCUCUACACUAUAAUGGCCUAUGACCGGUACUUGGCAAUAUGCCGGCCUUUGCACUACCCUGUGCUCAUGACUGCUAAGCUAAGUGCCUUACUUGUGGCUGGAGCUUGGGUAGCAGGGUCCAUUCAUGGGGCUCUCCAAGCCAUCCUAACAUUCCGUCUGCCUUACUGUGGGCCCAACCAGGUAGAUUACUUCUUCUGCGACAUCCCUGCGGUGUUAAGACUGGCCUGUGCAGAUACAACAGUCAAUGAGCUGGUGACCUUUGUGGACAUUGGGGUGGUGGUUGCCAGUUGCUUCUCCCUGAUCCUGCUGUCCUACAUACAGAUCAUUCAAGCCAUCCUGAGAAUUCGUACAGCUGAUGGGCGGCGACGAGCCUUUUCAACUUGUGGAGCCCAUGUAACUGUGGUCACCGUGUACUACGUGCCCUGUGCUUUCAUCUACCUGAGACCUGAAUCUAACAGCCCCUUGGAUGGGGCAGCUGCCCUAUUCCCCACAGCCAUCACUCCUUUCCUCAACCCCCUUAUCUACACACUACGGAACCAAGAGGUGAAGUUGGCCCUAAAGAGAAUGAUAAGAGGCCCGGGGACUAAGAAUAAGUUUUGA